GACAAAUUGACAAAAUAAAUGAUUUUAAAUUUAGGUGUUUCUUAUAGAACUGCGGAAUAUGCAGCUGAAGAGUAUUAUAUUAAAACAUUUAAGAAUGCGAUUGAAAAACUAAUAGAGUGCUAUAAGGAUCAACUUCAAAAUAUUUCAGAUAUCGUUUAUUCAAAUUCAAAUAAUGAAUCUGAUCCAAGGGUUUAUAGAAAUUGUGCAGAUUUGAAGAACAUAUUUAAGACGAAAUCUGAGGUAAUUCUCGAAAAAAAAAUUGGAGCCAUUGAUGAAGCAUUAAACUCAGAACCACGUAAAAAACAAUUUUAUCAGUGUUUUCAAGAUUUUAAAAAUGCAGUGUUUAACGUGAAAAUAAAAAAUGCUAAUUACCCAAAAAAGGCUACUAACAUUGACACAAAUGGAACCAAAGAUUUAAGUAUAAAAGAAAAAAAAAAAAUACUACAACUUAAAGACAUCAAUUUUAUAAACAAAAUCCAAAAUUUCAAUGAAGAAUGGCUCCGAGACUACACCGGUUAUAAUCUACUUCAAGCACUAUACAAUAGAGGUCCAAGUGACUGUAUGGAUGAUAUACGUAAAAACUACUCUGAGAAUAUAUUUAGCAUAACGAAACUGAGUUACCAAUACAGUAAGCACGUUUUAAUUAAUUUAAUUAUAUUUUGA